AUGCCUCAGGCCCGUAGCCUUAGAACCAGAGGUGCGAUGAAUGAGAACGAUGAAAACGGCCCGUCAGCACGUGUGACGCGGGCCAAGACUGCCGCCCUCACCUCCGAUGUCUCUGCCGCUGGAGCCAAGAAAACCCUGCAGACCAAGCGAAGCACGACGACCACAACUACUGGAACCCAACGACCCCGAGCUGCCCUUGGUGAUGUCAGUAACGUCAACAAGACCGACGGUGCUGAGGUGAAGGCAGGGAAGAAGCCGGCUACAACUAAGCCUGCCACAACUAAGUCUGGUCUGACAUCGAAGGCCACAGUUCAGACUGGAGGUGUUCAAAAGCUCAGCCGUACGAACUCGUCACGAACUGCAACCCGUUCCGCCCUCCAGCCUCGUGACUCGAACAAGAAGCCUGCCGCCAACAAGCGUCCCCCGGUCAAAGACACAACCCUCCAAGCGCAAGAGCCUCCACGGAAGAAAGCCGAGCUAGACCGGAAGCCCAGAACGAUUGAGAAGAUUGUGGAGGAACCAGCCGUGAAGGAACCAGAAAUCAGCGUGAAAGAUGCUCUGAAUGACGCUGUGCAGGAUCUCGACACUGAGGACUUGGAUGACCCAUUGAUGGCCGCCGAAUACGUGGUGGAAAUCUUCGAGUAUCUCAAGGACCUUGAGAUCAUGACGUUGCCCAACCCCGAUUACAUCGACCAUCAACCCGAUCUGGAGUGGAAGAUGCGCGGAAUUCUCGUCGACUGGCUGAUCGAAGUUCACACACGGUUCCGCCUUCUCCCUGAGACCUUGUUCCUUGCUGUCAAUAUCAUCGACCGCUUCCUGUCGGCUGAGGUUGUCGCACUUGAUCGUCUUCAGCUGGUCGGUGUCACCGCCAUGUUCAUUGCCUCCAAGUACGAGGAGGUGCUUUCCCCUCACGUUGCCAACUUCAGCCAUGUCGCCGAUGAGACCUUCUCGGAUAAGGAGAUCCUCGAUGCGGAACGUCACGUCCUCGCAACUCUGGAGUACAACAUGAGCUUCCCUAACCCCAUGAAUUUCCUGCGACGCAUCUCCAAGGCCGAUAACUACGACAUCCAAACGCGCACACUGGGCAAAUACCUGAUGGAGAUCAGUCUUCUCGACCAUCGCUUCAUGGGUUACCCCCAGAGUCACAUCUCUGCAGCCGCCAUGUACCUUGCACGUCUCAUUCUCGAGCGUGGACCUUGGGAUGCAACUCUCGCGCAUUAUGCCGGAUACACCGAGGAGGAGAUCGACCCUGUCUUCCAGCUGAUGGUGGAUUAUCUCCACCGCCCCGUUUCCCACGAAGCCUUCUUCAAGAAAUACGCCAGCAAGAAGUUCCUGAAGGCUUCCAUUUUGACUCGCCAGUGGGCCAAGAAAUACCACCACCUGUACGUCGAUGGCUCCGACAAGAGCACUUACGUCAAGGACGAACAGUAA